AUGUCGAAUCCAUCAGGUAUUUCUAUUGCAGAUGAAUGCAUGUCUGCAUUCAAUCAACUCCGAUCAGGACCAGAAGCCACCAGGCCAAAGUUCAUCAUCUACAAGAUCUCCGACAAUAACAAGAGCGUUAUGGUCGAGGAAACAUCCACGGUGAAAGACUAUGAGUUCUUUCGCCGGAAGUUGUCAGCUGCAGUCGACAAAGAUGGUAACCCAGCACCACGGUAUGCCAUCUACGACAUGGAGUAUGAUCUUGGGAGCGAAGGGAAGCGGUAA